UGCGGACCCGAAACACGCAUGGAAGCCGGGAGACCACUGCGUGUGAAAUUGGUUGGCACGCGGAAGGUCAACAGGGGCGAAAAGCCAUGGCGGGAAGCAGAUGAAGUGCCUCCUGUGUGGACUUGUGUUCCCAGGCAACCGCGCACGAGGGCUUGAACACUUCACGAAGAAGAGGCCGGCGUUGCGGUGCCCGAAUGCCACCAUAGCUAUCUACAGGAGGYUGCGUGCUGCGAAUGUGGARUUGCCACUUGACGUCGAGGAGAUGUUGCAGCGGGAGGAUGAGGCUGCAGCACAGACCGUUCCAAAUCUCCCUCUUCCUGCCAUUUGUGCCGCUGAUGACGUGGGUGGCGGACCUGGUGUGGAACAGCGGGAAGAGGGACCGACAAUGACAGGUGCAACUAUGACAGAGGUCACAAGGAGAUCAGCACCAGCGAGGAGACAAAGGCAGAUGCCUAUAGAUCGAUAUGUCCGCAACCCGCGCCAGCGGGAGAUUGAUUUAGCUGCCAUGGACCUCUUCGCACAAAAUGCCAUACCAUUCAAUGUGGCAAAGAGCAGCAGUUGGAAAAAAUUCUGUGAACUGUGCUUCGGGCCACAAUCCGCAGCUCGCUGUCCAUUAAAGCAUGUCCCGUAUAACGCACUACGGGAAGAACUCCUGGACUCCAGGAAACAGACGUACUUGGAGCGAGAGGCUAAACUACGGGUUGACUGGGAGAAGACGGGAUGUACGCUCAUCACAGAUGGCACCACUGACAUAUGCGGUCGCUCUCUGCUGAACUACAUCCUCGCAAGGAGAGACAGACCAGUCUUCAUCAAAUGUGAUCAUGUCAAGAGAAAAGACAAGAACUCUGCUGCAAUGCUUGAGUCGUGGAAGACGUUCCUGAGGGAGAACAGGCAGGCCACAGCUAUUUGCACUGACUCCUUCGCUUCAAACAAGGCAGCUGCAGAGGCCUUGGGUAAGGAUCCGAAGUUUGCAUAUAUCUACUGGAUCCCGUGCACUGCACACUGCAUGGAUUUGUUCCUUCAUGAUUUGGGGGGGAUGACAUGGGCAAAGAAGAUCCUUGACGAAGCAAAUGAAGUCGUCAAGUUCUUCAGGAUUCACAGCGCCCCACGGGAGAUGCUUUUUGGGCAUGGCAAGACUGUCCUAAAGAGGCCACAGACAACGAGAUUUGGGACAAACUUCAUCAUGCUGGAACGGUUGAAGGAGAAAGAGGCGCGAGUGAAAGAUACAGUCAACAACAUGGAGUGGGAAGAGAUGCAGUGGCCGUACGCCAUUCGGGAUAAGGCGUUGCUUGUUGAGAGAUUGGUGCAGUCUACGUAUUUUUGGAAUGAUGUUCGAAUGAUGUUCAUUUUGAUGGAGGGGGCGUUCUCGAUAUUGCGGAUGGUUGAUCGUGAUGUGCACUGCAUCUCCCGUGUUUAUGACGCAGCAGUGGCGUUGAAGAAUUGUGUGCUUGCAGCUCCGUUGACAGAGGGACAACGUGUUGAAGUGUUGAAGGUCGUGUCGAACAGGACGGAUCAGCUCCUCGGCCCUGUGCACACAGUUGCGAGAUUGCUUGACCCCAAUUUGCGUGACAGAGGAGUAUUCAGCGAUCCGACAUUGAUGACCCAAUUUCGAGGUGUUGUGGAGCAUCUCGUAGGCGCUCGGGGGACACCGCAGUACCAGGAGUGCAUUGACUCCUUGUAUGCGUUCCAAAGGGAGCAAGGAAUCUUUGGAGAUCCAGAGGUGCAGCGUCGUGGAAGGUUGGACAGUGCAUUGGAUUGGUGGGAGGAUCAUGGGAGAGGACACCCAGCUUUGCAGCGGUUGGCACUGCGAAUACUCAGCAUGUGGACAGCCUCCUCCCCUGCAGAGAGGAAUUGGAGCACAUGGGCUCUUGUGCAUACCAAGGAUCGCAACAAGCUGGAGCACGAGAGAGUGGAGAAAUUGGUGUACCUCCACUGGAACCUUCGAUACGAAGGAAGGGUGCAGGGCAAAGCGACGAAUAAUAGUGGUUGGUUGGGCAAUCUUAAUGCUGAGACGGACGCAGAUGAUGAGGAGGAUGAAACUGCAGCGGCGGAUGAAUGCACUCGUGGAACUACGUCAGCAAUUGGAUCAACAUCUGUGGCACGACCCACAUGCGGGGGCGGUGGAACAGCUAUGGCACAGAGAAAGUGUGCGAUUGGAGGAACAAUGACAAGAUUUCCCGCAACAGCAACGGCAACAGCAACAAGCAGAAGUGGCAGCACCAACAACAGCACCAGCACCAGCAACAACAAGAGCAGCAGCGUCAGCAACAGCGACAACAGUAGCACUAACAGCAACAGCGACAAUGGCAAGAAGCGCAACUGCACCGGCAGUAGCAACAACAGCGACAACAGCAACAGCAACAGCAGUAGCAGCAACAAGCGCAACUGCACCAGCAGCAACAACAACAUCGAUAGUAGCAACAGCAACAUCAUCAGGAGCGCCACCAGCAAGAACAAUAGCAGCAGCAACAAUGGCAACAAGUGCAACAGCAUCAGCAGCAGCAAUAACAACGGGAGCAGCACCAGUGGCAUCAAUAGCAGCAACAUCAUCAACAGCAGCAGCAGCAGCAGCAGUAGCAACAUCCGCAACAGCGGCAGCACCACCAUCAACAACAGAGGCAGCAGCAGCAACAACAGCAAGAACAGCAGCGGAAGUAGCAAGAACAACAACAAGAGUAGAAGUAGCAACAACACCAACAGUGAUGCAGCACCAGCAACAACAUCAAAGGCAACGCGAGCGGCAGCAACAACAACAACAGCGAGAUCAACAGCAGCACCUGUUGGAGGAGCAGCAACACUUGCAGCACGGGGUGCAUGAGCAGGAGCAGCAACCAUACGAGCCGCAAACCCUGCCACUUCAGGUGGGUGGCAUCUCUGGGUUUUAUGGUUCAAGCCCCCCGAG